CACCAGAAAAAGAUUCCCUGCAACAGCAAACACACUGUGCAAAAGAUCAUUUUAAAUUGAAUUGGAAGACAUUUACGGAAGGUGAAAAAAGAGGACCAUAUAAGCUAGAAGAAGUUGAUUGGAUCGUAGUGAAGCAAAGGAUUUGAGAAGUAUUUUGCAGUAACAGCAGGAUAUACUCCAGUUGGGAACUAAAGGGAUAAGAAGUGAGCGAGGAGAAGACACAAAGGACACAGAGCAAAGGAUACUGCUCUUUUUUUUGGAUUGGUGCAUUCUCUUGGAUUUCUCCUUUCCCUCCACCUGGGCUAACAGCAUAGGGGGAGGCAGAGCCGCAACCACCGCAGGGAUGAAGUACAACUACCAUGUACCAGUGUCAACGUACGCACGCAGUUCACAGUACACACCAACAUACAACACACCUACCUAUUACACUCCCUCACAUUAUACACCGACUACACCACACUACACCUCGGCAUAUACCUCUCCAACAAAGUACACCCCGACACAGUACAGCACGACGCAUUACACCCCAUCACAGUACACGUCCACUUACAAGGCUGCAUCAACUUACAUCCCCUCCUACAGCAAAGAGUCACGGUACAGUUCUUCACGCCGCACACAAGAAAAAAAGGAAAACCCUGCACCUGUGAUACCCGUCACACCUGCAAAGAGAACUGUGCACUUCCCCAAUGACAUCAUCUUCCAGGAUAUUGUGAGACGAGGAGAUAUGGAGCAAAUUGGUCGGUUCAUGAGAGCGAGGAAGGUUCGUGUGGAUACACUCUUCCACUCAGGUAUGGCAGCACUACAUGAAGCCGUGCUAACAGGAAACCUGGAGGUGGUGAAGUUGCUGGUGAAAUAUGGUGCUGAUGUUCAUCAGAGAGAUGAAGAUGGCUGGACGCCACUUCACAUGGCCUGCAGUGACGGCUAUCCGGAAAUUGCCAGUUAUCUGCUGUUGAUGGGAGCCAGCACAGAGGCAGAGAACGAGAACGGAGAGAAGCCUGCAGACCUCAUCGACCCUGAGUGCAAAGAGCUGGCCAAACUGUUUGAGACUGGCUGUGUGUGAUUGGGCACCAAAUGGACCCAAAUUGAGACCACAGCAGCACAGCGGAAUGCUUAGAAGUCACUUGGAUAUUAAACAUAUUUAACAGUAUUAAACAGUGCAAUACCAACCAAACUUGUAAGAAGAGCACAGCCAAAGUUAGGGCCACGUCCCUGAUCCUGUAAAGCAAAAUGGUGAUACUGUUUGUUAGUUUGAAAAGUUAUUUUUUUAAAUUUUCAGCCUCAAAGCAAUACUCCAUUAGGCUGCAUUUCUGUUUCUGGUGGUUAUGUUAUUUUAUUUCAUUUUACUUUGUUUUGCGCAUUUGUGUAUCAUACAGCCAGUGUCUGUCCAACAAAUGUUAACCUGUGAACAUCUGUCUUCACUCUCAGAUCAUGUACAGUUGUACAACACCAGCAAUGUCUCACUGUGGUCCAAGUCUGAAUACCUAUUCUAAAGGAACAUCCUCCUGAGCAUUUUGGUUUGAGUAUUCUACAAAUUGUGUUAGUGUUUAGCAGUCACCUUUUAUUUAACAUUUACAACACAGAACUUCAGCCAAGAUCUUUGUUUUUCAUAGACAUAAAGUUAUGUAUUAUGUAUUCUCACUGCUGGGCAGAAAGAGGAUCAGCCAAAUAAAUAAUUAAUACUUCGUUGAUGGUCAGAAAUACAAU